CGUCUCCUUCUUACACAUGGGAUAGUACCGUUACUCAUAAUGAAUUCAGAUGAUCUUCAUCUUGGUAGCGUGAACAAAAUGACUAUCUCGACCACGAAAAAAAUUACACUUUAUUUAGUUCGUCGCUCAUAGAAAGUCAUGACAGAAAACGAAAUGAAUCUCGUCGAAGAAGAGAAGAAAAAUUUUAAAUCGUCAGAAUCGCGACAACAACAAAUUCCAAUACCACAACCCACGGUUAUAGAAAAAUACUUUUUUUUAACGAUAUUCAUAGCGGGAAUAUCAGUUCUAACGAUAUUAGCGAUAGCCGCAGAGGAAUGUAGACAAUGCUUCCAAAAAAUAUCAGACGAUCAUGUUCUGGAUCCGGAAAAACCACAAAAAACAUAUUGGGCGUAUGGGAAAAACGUCGAGGGUGGACAUUUAAGAGAAGUUUUCACUGUAUUGGACAGGUUGGGAUACAGAAGAGAGGAUAAUACAACUGAUUGGGAUCUCCUUUGGGCGCAUGAUUAUCCUUUCGGAGAAUUGUACUAUGAAUUGUAUAAUUUGAAAGCUCAUCAGAAGGUGAAUCAUUUUCCAGGUUGUGGCCACAUAACCAACAAAGUAAAUUUAGCCACCAGUGGCUUGCAGUACAUCCCGCCCGCCUUUAAGUUACCAGUUGACAAAGAUAAGUUACUCAACUACGCCAAAAAUCACCCAAACGUGACUUUCAUACAGAAAAAUAACGACCAUCGCCAGGUCAAAAUCAAGAACAUCGAUGAGAUCGAUUUAGACAAAGAGGGAACGUUUCUUCAAGAAUAUAUUGAAAAACCGUUGCUGGUAAACGGCCAUAGAUUUGACAUUGGUAUAUAUACCGUAAUUACGUCUGUGGAACCUUUAAGGGUGUAUAUUUAUAAUGGAGAAGGGCUUUUAAGAUUCUGUCCAGUAAAAUACCAUCCUUUCGACCCUCAAAAUUUGGACAAGUACGUAGUUGGCGACGACUAUUUACCAAUAUGGGAAGUUCCUGCCUUAGAUUACUUCUACAACCAAUUGGGCUUAGGUAUGAGAGACAGUCUCAACGCCUACUUGAGCACGAAAAACCAAGAUCCCAGCGUAAUUUGGCGGCAAAUCGAAGACGCCAUAAGAAAAGUGAUUUUAGCCAAAGAACCACAAAUUGUGGAAUCAUUAAGAAGAUUCAAAUCAAAGAGGAACUUCUUUGAACUGAUGAGAUUUGACUUCGUAAUAGACGAAGACCUCAAGAUCUUCUUAUUAGAGGCAAAUAUGAGUCCUAAUUUAUCUUCAGCUCAUUUUCCACCAAAUAAAUUGUUAUACCAACAAGUUUUAUAUAAUACUUUAGGACUUGUAGGUGUAGGAGAAAACAUUUAUAGGAGUUCCUUAGCUGUAAGGUCAAAAUCGGAAGAAGAAAUGCUAGUAUCUGAUAAAAUGAUUGCAGUAUUUCCGAAUAUUUGCAACAGUAACGCUUGUCGUGCAAGCUGCAUGUCACUGGAAUGUCAGUUAUGUAAACCUUGCAUCUCUCCAGAUACUAGGAACCAUUUGGUAGCAACUGUUAAGGAGCACUUUCGAAGAGGCGAUUCAAAAAGAAUAUUUCCACCGCCAAUGAGACAAGAAGAAGCUCUAAGAGGAAUCAACGUUGAUGAAUAUUCAUCAGAAAACCAAUUGCUGUACAAAUGGUUCCAAGGGAAAUGUAUUCUAGACGAGUCUUGGUGUUAAUUAAGAGUGUGUUGUAUAUAUCUAAUAUAAGUACCGAAAUGAUCAAUAUUGUAAUAAAGUACCGUUUAUUUAUUUAAAAUCAGAUUAUUUUUACUAAAAUGCUAACUAAAUUUAUUUGUACUUAGAACUAAUUUAUAUUAACAAUAUUUAUCUUUACUACUUGGGUAUUUAUCUUCAAUUUAACUUCUAUCUAUAUAUAAAAUUAGGCGUACCGAACCUGUC